AGAGAUAAGAUAAAAUCACACCUAUUCCACAUAUUUUGUGUUGUGAAUAUAUCGUUUCAAAAUCAACUCUCGAAGAAAUGUGAUGUUAUAGGAAUGCAUAAAUAGUGAAUUUGUGAGGGUAUCAGAAAUUGAAUGAGGCCCUAGUUAUAGUUCAUAUACAUGUCUUUCCAAACUCAAGAUGUCAAACCAAAAAAACUAUUGGGAUAUCCCCUGACUACAAAGCAAGAAGUUUUAGUGAAUUAUUUGGUUCCAUCUAUAGGUGCUUGCAUCCUGUAUAUUUUUCUAUUCUCAUCAGAAGUUGGGCUUGUUCAUAGACAUUUCGCCAAUUGGCAUAAGACUUUGGCAUGGUGGUCGUUGGCGAUAAUGUACCUUCCAGCCGUUGUAAGCAACAUUACUAUUCUUUCGUGCUCAGAAUUGUGGCCCGAGAGAAAAUUUGGCGGUAAAAAGAAUCUUCUUUGGCUUUGUCAAAAAACUGCUCAACAUUUCUUUUUCCCCAUAAGUAGUUUGUGGAGAUUCGCAGAAAGGAUAUUCUGGUCGAUAGAAGCUUAUAGAUCAGAAGAUGAGGAAUCGAAACAAUUGGCUAUCCAAAAUGCCACAACACCAAGAACAAUCGAACUCUACAUGUUUCUACAAGCAUUUCUACAUUCUCUGCCUCAGAUUCUUUUCCAGUUAUAUCUGCUGAUGCGACAUUCUCACACUACAGAUAAACAAACAGCCCAUUCUCAAUUCAUGAGUAUAAUAUUCAACCUAACGAAGUUGGCAAUAACCGUAACCUAUUACCAAAGAUUCAAAACACAGAAGCUAGCUGGUGCUCAGUAUCCAUGGUAUAAAUCUAAUAAAUACCAGAAAGAUCCGAAUCUAAGCGAAGUUAUUUUACGUAAAAAACCAAAACUGAAAGCAAAUUUGAUAGCAAGAAGUACGAAGGGUAUAUCGGAUGUCUCAGACAAUAAGAUAGAGGAAGAUUUGUAUGAGAGACCUGUUAACAGAAGAAGCAGCGAUCUGUAUUUGGAGCCAGACAUAAGAGGAACUUAUUUACCUCCGUAUUCUUCAAGAGUUCCUUCGAUGAUUCAUCAACUGAGAAGGAUGAGUCGAUACAGGGUCAGAACCAGUAUUUCUGAGGGAACAACUUCCUCUGCACAGCCAGAUUUCAACAUUCGUAGAGUACUCUUCAUCAAAGGGCUGCCUGAAGAUGACUUGGCAGGAAAACUCAUUUCGUUUUGUUGGUGGUCAGCGUUUCUCCUGGCAAGAAUCUUGGCAAUCCUAGCAUUCCAAUAUUUUUAUCCAGUACAAGUCCUAUACAUCCUUGUAUCUCAUUUUAUCUUAACCUUAGCCAUUCUUUGCUACGACGCAAAAUCCAACAGUUUUACCAGAUCUAAAGUAUUAUUUUUCCUUUUUGUAUGUUACAUCUACCUUUUUUGCAUCAUCGAAUUCAAGAUCAAAUUUAAAAAGGCUAAAUUCAUAUACUACGGUUUCUUCACUUUGGUUUAUCUCGAGAAUUUCGUAAUGUGUUUAGUAUGGUGGUAUGGAGAUUUGGAGUACGUUGAAGAAGAGUUUUGGUUCAAAUAUAUGUUCAAUAUAAUCGUAAUUUGUUCUCUUUUCAGUUUCGUUUCUAUGGUAUUUUAUAUGACCGUGAAUAAACCUGAUAAGGUUAUUGUUGGACAAGUUGUAUUGUGAGGACUGAAUAAACUAUUUAUGUCUAUGAAAA